AUGUCCUUCUUCGACGGAAUCCCGGUCGCUCCACCAAUUGAGGUGUUCCACAAGAACAAGCUCUACCUCGAGGAGACUGCUCCAGUCAAGGUGAACCUGACCAUCGGAGCCUACCGUACUGAGGAGGGACAACCCUGGGUGCUGCCCGUCGUCCAUGAGACCGAGGUCGAGAUCGCCAGCGACACCUCGCUCAACCACGAGUACCUGCCGGUGCUCGGACACGAGGGAUUCCGCAAGGCCGCCACCGAGCUCGUCCUCGGAUCCGACUCCCCGGCUAUCAAGGAGGGAAGAUCGUUCGGAGUUCAAUGCCUUUCUGGAACCGGAGCUCUGAGGGCUGGAGCCGAGUUCCUCGCCAGAGUUCUCGGCUUGAAGACCGUCUACGUCAGCAACCCGACUUGGUGAGUUAAAGAGGUGAAUAGAUUAUAACUUGAGAAAUAUUUGCAGGGGAAACCACAAGCUCGUGUUCAAGAACGCCGGAUUCACCUCGCUCAACGACUACACCUUCUGGGACUACGACAACAAGCGUGUGCACAUCGAGAAACUGCUCGCCGACCUCGAAGCCGCCCCGGAGAAGGCUGUGAUCAUCCUGCACGGAUGUGCUCACAACCCAACUGGAAUGGACCCAACCCAGGAGCAGUGGAAGCAGAUUGCCGAGGUCGUCAAGAGAAAGAACCUGUUCACUUUCUUUGACAUUGCCUACCAGGGAUUCGCCUCUGGAAACCCGGACGCUGAUGCCUGGGCCAUCCGCUACUUUGUCGAUCAGGGACUCGAGAUGGUUGUCUCGCAAUCGUUCGCCAAAAAUUUCGGACUUUACAGUAAGAACUCGCAAAAGAGGGCAAACAAUUAACUUUUUUUGCAGAUGAGCGCGUCGGAAACCUCACUGUCGUCGUCAACAACACCGCGGUCAUCGCCGGAUUCCAGUCGCAAAUGUCCCUGGUCAUCCGUGCCAACUGGUCGAACCCACCAGCGCACGGAGCCCGCAUUGUGCACAAGGUGCUCACGACCCCGGCUCGUCGCGAGCAGUGGAACCAGGCCAUCCAAGCCAUGUCGUCGCGCAUCAAGCAGAUGAGAGCCGCCCUUCUGGCCAAGCUCACCGAGCUCCAGACGCCAGGCACCUGGGGACACAUCACUCAACAAAUUGGAAUGUUCAGCUACACUGGACUCACCUGUAAGUUGGCACAGAAAAACAAAAAAAGUACGACAGAGUAAAUAAUACGAGUUUUUUUCAGCCGCUCAAGUCGACCAUCUCAUUGCCACGCACAAGGUGUUCCUGCUCAGCGACGGACGCAUCAACAUCUGCGGACUGAACACGAAGAACGUCGACUACGUGGCCAAGGCCAUCGACGAGACCGUCCGCGCCGUCAAGAGCAACAUCUAA